GAUUGGUUUUGUACGAUAUGUGUUGAAAAACGAAGCAUCGCGUGCAUGAACCGAAGGCAAGAACAACCCUCCGAAAAUUCAUGGAGUCGAAUAGAAGUCAGAAAACCGAAGAAAAUGUCAAACAACAACCUUGAUGCGUCGGGAAGUGCAGAGCCGAGUGAAGGAAGCCUACCUUCUACUCCUUCGUCACCAACUGUUCCAACUGUAGCGCAUAAAUCACCUACAAGAAACAAUGUGUCCACAGCGCACAAACUCCCACCAACAUUCUUGUCUAAUUCUCAAGUAUCUGGGCAGGUACCAUUAUCAACAACACAUCCCACUGUGAAAGCUCCCCCAUCUCCCAUGGACCAUUUCCCCUUAACCCCCCUCCAUGCUUGCCAGAAAACCCUCCGCACAAUGCAAAGAUACCACUUUUCGUACAAGUACCAACAUCACCCAAAUGUACCACAGUUGUGGCAGAAACUACCAACAAUAGACCAUGAGGACUAA